AUGGCUCCUGUUGCCACUGCUGAAAAAAGUACCACUGAUGGUGAGGAGCCCACCACCUUCAAGAGCACACAUUUUUCGUCCUUCGACGUAACGGACCAAGUCUUUUACGAGACGGAGGAUGCUGCUGCCAUCGUGAACCUUAAGCCUGUGGUUCCAGGGCAUGUCUUAGUGAUCCCGCGUGUACAUUAUAAGCGUCUUGCCGAUGUACCUCCGGCUGAGCUGGCUGCCAUGUUUGACGUGGUUCAAAAGGUGGGCCGUGUUGUCGAGCAUGCCUUUAGUGGAGACUCGCUCUCUAUUGCGAUCCAGGACGGUGCGUCGGCCGGACAAACGGUGAACCACGUCCAUGUUCACAUUCUGCCUCGUCGCCCUCGUGACAUUGAGCCUAAUGACAAGGUGUACGACCUGCUGGACAAGUUUGGCCUGGAGCUGCGUGAUGUUCAUCAGGGCAAGCAGAUGGAUAGUGAGCGUAAGCCUCGAACGAAAGAGCAGAUGAGGGAAGAGGCACAGUGGCUUAAGAGCCAGUGUAGCCAGCUUCUCGGAAAGCAGCGCCCAGGUAAGCUUCCUGUCACGCUUCUCAGCGGUUUCUUGGGAUCGGGCAAGACAACCUUGCUGCGUCAUAUCUUGUCUAGCCCUGACCAUGGUCUCCGUAUUGCUGUCAUUGUAAAUGAUAUGAGUGAGCUGAAUAUUGAUGCUCAGCUCAUCGCAGGACGUCGUCUCAUUCAGGGAAACGAGCACCUUGUGGAAAUGAGCAACGGUUGUGUUUGCUGCACCCUGCGAGCCGACCUACUGGAGGAAGUGGCCGCACUUGCGCGUGACCGCCACAUUGACUACCUUGUCAUUGAGUCAAGUGGCAUAUCAGAGCCUAUGCAGGUUGCGGAGACAUUUAGUGCUGAAUUCUCUGCUAAUGCAGUGGAGGACGAAAAGCUGGCCGCCAUCUUGCAGCGCGGUGGCUUGCCCGCUGUGGCGCAACUGGACACUUGCUGCACCGUUGUGGAUGCAGCUAGCGUGUUCCAUGACUUCCAUACGUCGGACUUUCUGGUCGACCGUCAUGCGGGUAUGGUCCCCGAAGAGGACGACCGCAACAUUAGUGAUUUGAUGGUUGACCAGCUCGAGUUCGCGGACUGCGUCAUUGUGAACAAGGCAGACCUUGUGUCUGGGGAAGCUCUCAAGCAAGUGAUCUCGCUAGUGAAGAAACUUAACCCUGAGGCUAAUAUCAUUCCUGCGACGCACGGCAAAAUUGAUGUCAAGAAGGUCCUCGGCACUAAGAGCUUUAGUUUUGAAAAGGCCGCCAUGAGUGCUGGUUGGCUUCGCAGCUUGAUCGAAGGCCACAAGCCGGAGUCUGAGGAGUACGGUAUCAGCAGUUUUGUAUACCGCUCUCGACGGCCUUUCCAUCCUCAGCGCCUGUGGAACACGAUCCGCGAGUGCUUUGUGGUCAUUCAAGAAGAAUUCAUGGAUGAUGGUGAAGUUGGCGAAGAGGAAGUUGAGGAAGGGCACGAAGCUGGUGAGCAUAAAGAGGACAUCGAGGUCGACGAUGAGGAGCAGCCAGCGCUGCGUCCAGACGCUCGCCUUGCCAGUAAGCGCAAGUCGGAGGUAUGGAACCCGCUUCUCCGUUCUAAGGGCUUCCUGUGGCUUGCUACUCGCCCCAUGCUAUUUGGAGAGUGGUCGCAAGCGGGUGUCAUGCUUACUCUCACCGGCGGUGCCCGGUGGCGCUGUGAGGUGCCGAGGGAUGAAUGGCCAGAAGACCCUGAUGUCAUAGAAGCCAUCCGCCGCGAUUUUGACCCGGAUACACCAUGGGGGGACCGUCGCCAAGAGCUUGUAUUUAUCGGCAAUGGUAUAAACCAUGAAUUGAUCAGAAUGACCAUGAACAGUUGUCUUCUAAACGACGAAGAAUGGUCCCAGUGGGUCAAUAUUAUGAGCAGCGACGAGAGUAUGGAAGACAAGCAGAACCAGCUGGUGGACCUUUUCGACGAUGGCUUCGAAGACUGGAUUGACCAUGAAAAUGAUGAGCAUGUUCAUAACAUGGACUACGAGAGUGCCAUGGAUGAGGCAUAA